UCGAAUCACAAAAGAUUUGCGAUGAGGCAUUUACACUUUGCUUUCCUGGCCUUCUUCGUCGUAAACACAAUUCUCGUGGAAGGAAAAGGCCAAGGAGGAUGUUCGAUGAAGCCAAAACUAGGGAAUUGUACAAGAACUCCUUGGUGGCGUUUUGAUCAAGAACAGAAAAGCUGUCUGUUAGUAAAGGAAGGCUGUCCCAGAAAAUUCAAUAACUAUCCAACAUGCCAGGAAUGUCUGAAUAGAUGCGGCAACACCACAAAAGGUACCAAGAUCAAGCAGACGUGCCCCGUGGAGUCGAAGAGCGGAAUUCAACAGAAGAAAACCAGUGGAUGAUCGCUUCUCCCUUUCGUCUUAGGUGUGUUUCUUCCACGCCCGAAACAUAGUUAUACACUGGGAAACAACAUGAGUUUUGCUGUUCACGCAGGAUAACCGACGCCAUCCCACGUUGAUAAUUUUCCCACUUCCUUUCUUCUUACUUACUUACCACAUACUUUUCUGCAAUUGAAUAAACAGUA